AUGAGUUCCGAAUGGGAUUCAUCACUCGAUCACUGGAGGAAGUUUUUCGAGACAGCGGAUACCAACAUCUUUGACAUCAUUGAGCAGGCGAUAAGGGUUGCUGCUACAGACCAUCCGGAGGAGUUCAAGUGUAGAAGAGAUAGUUUUGCUGAGCAUCUCCUCAGCUUCAAACUCCGUAGGUGCUCUGGAUCAAAGAAAGGAGAGAAAAAGAGUAGUGAUAGAGGAGAUGAUUUUAGCAAAACGGAAACAGUAGCAUUGACUGCAAACAGUGUGAUAGGUUCAUCUGAUACAAUGAAUCCAUGUUCUGUUUCUUUUGGUGGAGUAGUUUCUGAUGUCGAUGAAGAAAAAAAGCUCAGAGCAACACUGGAGAACACCAAGAAGAGACUUAGAGAAGGGUACCAGCGAGCUGAAAAUGCCAAGAAGCUUCGCAAAAUACAAGUUAUGGAUUUGAAGGAUCUUCCCAAGCAAGGGCUUGGAAACCACAAAAGACAAAUUUAUACUAGACAGAGAUGA